UCCUUUACCCUCCCCUUUUUUCUCCUCUCCACCUCCUCCUCUCUCUCUUUCUCUCACUCACUCCGUAUGCGCGCGUGUCUUUCUCUCUCUCACACCCUAUUUCCACCCGCGAGCGCACCGGCGCAUCAGAUGCGCUCAGCCUUUUCCGCCGCGCAGCCGCUCGAGCAACAUGUCCUCAGACGUGCAGCUGCGUGACCGCGCGGAGCCACCGACCAGCGGCCACAACCACGCCGAGAAAGCCGCGGAGCGCACGAGGAGCCACAGAGUCUGAAAGAGAGAGAGAGAGAGAGAAAAAUAAAGAAGAGAAAGAGAACAAGAGAGCACGUGGAAGAAGAGGAACGGUGUGAAAGCAAGCGGAGCUUCUAAAAGGCUAAAAGCUAAUGCUAACCUGAUGAGAGAAGAGAGGAGGGAGGGUCGUGUACAGUUUCUUCAGCUAGCUAACCACACACCGUGCUGACAGGACACAGAGAGGACCGCACCUCUAUCUGACACACUCUGUUGCCUGGCUGAUCCUCUGCCCAGGAGGAUUGUGAUUAUUCUGGGUUGAGUCCACGCAGCGCAGCUUCAGGAGAGGUUGGAGCACGUGGGAAAGAGCGCUGGAUUUGGAGGUGAGGAUGGACAGAUCAGAUCGAUGGAUGUGUAAUUGAAGCCACAGUGUGUGAAGACUUAUGAGCACUGCUCCUUGUGGACCGUAGAGCGGCGCCUGAGGCAGGGACAGAUGGAUGGACUAAACUUCGCGCACUGUAAUGCCUCUGACGGCAAUGACACGGAAUGCAAUGAGACGGAGGUGACGAGUCCGUAUAAGACGGUGGAGGUGGUGUUCAUUGUCCUGGUCGCGGGCUCCCUGAGCUUGGUCACUGUGAUCGGGAACAUCCUGGUCAUGCUCUCCAUUAAGGUCAACAGAAGCUUGCAGACUGUCAACAACUACUUCUUGUUCAGCCUGGCCUGCGCUGACCUCAUCAUCGGACUGUGCUCCAUGAACCUCUACACCGUUUAUAUUGUGAUCGGCUACUGGCCGCUGGGCCCCGUGGUGUGCGACUUGUGGCUGGCUCUGGACUAUGUGGUGAGUAACGCCUCGGUCAUGAACUUGCUGAUUAUCAGCUUCGACCGCUACUUCUGCGUCACCAAGCCGCUGAGCUACCCUGUGAAAAGGACAACAAAGAUGGCAGGGAUGAUGAUCGCUGCUGCCUGGGUGCUGUCCUUUAUCCUGUGGGCUCCUGCCAUCCUCUUUUGGCAGUUCAUCGUGGGUGGACGCACGGUGCCGGAGCAAGAGUGCUACAUUCAGUUCUUCUCCAAUGCCGCUGUCACCUUCGGCACAGCCAUCGCUGCCUUCUACCUGCCUGUCAUCAUUAUGAUGGUGCUGUACUGGCAGAUCUCCCGUGCCAGCAAGAGCCGCGUCAAGAAGGACAACCGCAAGCCCUCAGGGGCCAACGUCGGGCCUGCCUCACCCAGCCAGACCCGCAGCAUCAUGGCCAGCAAGCCCGACAACAACAACAUGGUGGUGGAAGACCCCGACCGGGGUCAAACCCAAGCCACAGAUGACGUGACUAACCAGCACGACAGCAAGCUGCAGAACGGCAAAGCGCCGUCCACCGCAGCUGGCGAGGAGGAGGACAGAACCAGGAACAACUGCAUCCCGGUCGAGGAGAAGGAGAGUUCCAACGACUCUACCUCCGGUAGUGGAGCCGCAGCCAAUCAGAAAGAGGAGGAGACGGUGCCUUCCAGAGCCAACGACGGUCAAGCGACUGCACGGCACCACACCAAGGCCGGCGGCUCCAAGCUCACCUGCAUCAAGAUCGUCACCAAGUCCCCCAAGGGAGACUGCUACGCCCCUUCCAACACCACGGUCGAGAUCGUGCCUGCGACCGAGAAGCAGAACAACGUGACGCGGAAGAUCGUGAAGAUGACCAAGCAGCCGCCCAAGAAGAAGAAAGCAGCUCCUUCCCGGGAGAAGAAGGUGACCCGCACCAUUAUGGCCAUCCUGGUGGCCUUCGUGGCGACAUGGACACCCUACAACGUGAUGGUCCUCAUCAACACCUUCUGCUCGAGCUGCAUCCCCAACACGGUGUGGACCAUCGGAUACUGGCUCUGCUACAUCAACAGCACCAUCAACCCCGCAUGCUACGCUCUCUGCAACGCCACGUUCAAAAAGACCUUCAAGCAUCUUCUGCUCUGUCAGUAUAAAAAUAUUCGCUCAGCCAGAUGAGCUCUGAUAUGAGCAGAUAUCUCUCUGCCUGUGUGUGUGUUUGUGUGUGUGCGAUUGUAUGCAUGUAGUCGAGUGUAGAUGCAGAUGAGAUUGUGUGAAGUGUGAAAUCUGUGGAAAAUGUGUGAAAAAGCGUGUGAAAAGUGUGAAAAAGUGUGCAAAAUGCGAGUGUGUCGAUUGAUCGUAUGUCUUGUAUGUAUUGUAUAUUUCUGUUAUCAAUAACCUGUUGUAGCACUUUACACAGAACUGAUUGCAACUCAGUGAGUGAGAGGGAUAUUGCUGUAGGCUUUGCAUACAGAGCAGGUGAGGUAUUACUGAGGUGAAGUUGUGAGAUUCAAAAGAAAAAAAUAAAAAUGAAAGAAAAAAAUAGAUUUCACAAACAGAAACACAGAAAAUAGUGCUUUAUAAAAUAAGAAAGGGUCAAUAUCAAUAUAGCGUGACUUUUGUUAUUCAUUAAGCUGUUUUCAUAUAUUUUUUUUCAAUAUCCAGCUGAGAAUGUCUCAGAAUCCCAUUUUUAAAAAAAGUAAAACAAUUCUAUUAUUUACAUUUAUAUUUACGUAAAUAUAUAUACAGUAUAUAUAGGAGAAAUUGUCGAAAUUGUUUGAAAUAUAUCAGUGAAGCACACAUUGGAGCAGAAAUGCAGUUUUUAACCUGAACAUGUAAAUUACAGUAGCUUCAUUUUAGCGGAUUUCAUUUGCGAGUGCAGAAAACGGUCUGUACUCUUCAGUUCUUCACUGAUUAAAGGGACAAUAGGGCUGACUGAACAAUCAAACCUAGUGUUUGGACUUCAGUAUAAACUAAUAUUGUACAUAUGUGUAUAAAACAGUGUAUAAAGCAUAUGUUGUUAGGCAAUGUGCAUGGGACAGUGUUAGGUAGCAGGGUGAAAUGUGUGUUUGUGUGUGUGUGUGUGUGUGUGUGUGUGUGUGUGUGUGUGUGUGUGUGUGUGUGUGUGUGUGUGUGUGUGUGUGUGAGUGUGUUUGAGCUGUGUGUUGCUGUACUGGCUCAGACCUGAGAGAGCUAUUGGAGAGCCACUCUGGCAGAUCCACACGUAAGAGCUUUUGAGUGCUCAGGCCUCCAGAGAUGCAAAUUAAAAGCUUUUAAAAUGAUGAUGGAGGAGCAGGGUGAAGAGACUCUUUCACACACAGCCAUUAUUACAGGCUCGGGAUUUUACACGUUUUUCAUAACACGUCCGUGAUGCAGCGUCAAGCGGUGGCGGGCUUAAAAAAAAAAGCCUGGAAACAAUGAAGUGUCUAGAGAAACGUGGCGAGACCUCACCUUCCGCUGUUAGCGAUCAAUAAGACAAAGUGCUAAAACCAGCCAGCCCUGUGUCUUCUGCAGACUUUUAACAUGUGCGCUACUACUCCAGCUCUCUCUUAUGAAUUAUGCAGGCAUGUAAAUGAGUGCUGAUGCUAGCAUGCCUGUGGCAGGGUUUCCAUUCAUGGAUGAAGGCUGCAGGUGGAUCAAGGCCCUUUCACACCGCGUCUGGUUUCUACAGAUGGAAAAAUACACACGUCACAUUAUAAAAAAAAACAAACACUCGUAUAUUAAUGACGUUUUUUUCACAACGACUUUGAAAAUUAGGGCCUGUGACGCAGCGCAAUUUUUAUUACAAUUAGAGAUUUUCCAUGUUCUGUGUUGUCAGAUACAUCAGAUUUUAAAAAAAUCAGGCUGACCAAUCAGAGUUGAGUUCCAGUGAUUAGGGGAGGUCUAUUAUAACACUUAAAGUAAAGUAAAGUAAAGUAAUAAAGUAAUAUUUAAAGAAUUCAUUAAUUAAACAUAUUUCUUACUUCCUUGUUCUUGAUUUAAGUGAGUUCAUCUACUAAAUGUGUCUCAUUAUAUUGGCAGAUCAUUUUGUGUCAAUUCAAGAAAUGUUUUUUUUUUUUUAAGAAAUAAUUUUUAAAGGAAUAAUUAGUAAUAAAUACAAGGGAACUGCUGCUGAUGCUUUCUUUAAAACAAGCAAAAAUAUCUGCCAGUGGAAUAAAAGACGCUUUCCAUAGAUUAAUUGACUUAAAGUGAGAGAAAAUAAGUUAUAAAUAAGUUUAAUAUUUGUAUAACAUUCAGACAACAGUGCAAAAAUGAGAAAUGUCAGUUUAUAUUCCACUAAGAACAGUAAACUAUGGCUUCCCUCGCUAAAGAGAACUCGUUUAAUUUGCCAAACUACAGAGAAAAGAUAAAACACAGGAUAGACAGAAGAUAGGUAAACUGAAAGAAUGACCAUUUCUGAGAGUUAUGGAGGGGUCUAGCCCUUUUUACAGAGCACAGAAUCAAGAAAACGUGCUGGUGUCUGUGUGGAGAUUUCACUACGUUAAAAACUGUAUCUGUUUUUAGGUUUUAAAAUUCAAACUCGGUGUGAAAGGGGCUCAAUAUAUGAUUCUAUACUAGUUCUGGAGGGAUCCUGUGCUUUUCUAUGGGUGAGAGUGAAAGGGGGUAAAGGAUGGGUAUGUAGGAAGACUGUAUGGUAUGAAUGCAGAGUUAUGUAUGAGUACUGUAUGUACUGUAUGUACUGUAUGUGUGUGUGUGUGUGAGUGUGUGUGUGAGUGCAUAUGUAUGAGCAGAGGUAUCCAUGUUGGCUUAAGUUGCAUCACCUGAUCCUUCCUCUGUGUGUCGGGGUAGACUCAUUGUAUCUCACUCUAUGCUAUUUGAUCCACAAAGGGAAAUGGAAUUUCAUUCUUGACUGCCAUUGUAUGAGACAAAUGGCCAUGCAUGUGUGUGUGUGUGUAUGCGAAGAGGAGUGUGUGCGUGUGUGUGUGAGUGUGUUUGACUUUGCGUGUGUAUGUAUGAUCACCCCGGAAUGGGGGUUACUCUAAAUCACAGGCCUUGGCCUUGUGAAAUAAAAGGGCUAGAUACUGCAUCCAUUUCAUGGCGACACGGCUCACCCUAUUUUGUGGCAGACAAAGUAGUCUCCCAUAAAAAAACACGAAAAAUCCCAUCCAUCUCUCAUUAUCCUUCAGAAUGUCAUUUUUGAAGUAGAAAUCACAACACUAAUAUCAAUGCUUGGAACGUCCUCUCCAAUACAUGUUUAAACAUCUGCUUUACCUGCGGUCCGCACCUGCUGUGAAUGUAAAGCAGAGGGGCUUUCUCAGCUGUGUUUGGUAAACUGAAGGAUCUGAUUGCAGAAGUGUUGGAUGAAGUGAUUGCUUUGCUUGCAGUGGUGUUUAUUAGAGUAAAUAAUAUGAUGGCAGGGUGGUGUUAGAUGGAGCAAUUUAUCUGAUUGCAGUGGUGUUGGGUAGACUGAAUGAUCUGAUUGCUGUGGUGUUGCAUAGAGUAAAUGAUCUGAUUGCAGUGGUGUUAAGUAGAGUAAAUGAUCUGAUUGCAGUGGUGUUAAGUAGAGUAAAUGAUCUGAUUGCAGUGGUGUUAAGUAGAGUAAAGGAUCUGAUUGCUGUGGUUUUGGGUAGAGUGAAUGGUCGGAUUGCUGUGGUGUUAGGUAGAGUAAAUGCUCUGAUUGCAGUGGUGUUGGAUAGAGUAAUUACUUGAUUGCUGUGGGGUUGCAUAGAGUAAAAGCUCUGAUUGCUGUGGUGUUGGGUAGAGAGAAUGCACUGAUUGCUGUGGUGUUGGGUAGAGUGAAUGGUUUGAUUGCAGUGGUCUUGGGUAGAGUAAAUGAUCUGAUUGCUGUGGGGUUGCACAGAGUAAAUGCUCUGAUUGCUGUGGUGUUGGGUAGAGUAAAUGGUCCGAUUGCUGUUGUGUUGGGUAGAGAAAAUGAUCUGAUUGCUGUGGAUUUGAGUGUAGUCAUGAAUAUAAAUGCAGUGUUGCAGGGUAGAAUAAAUGCUCUGAUUGCAGUGGUGUUGGGUAGAGUGAAUGAUUUGAUUGCUGUGGUGUAGGUAGAGUGAAUUACCCGAUUGCUGUGGGGUUGCAUAGAGUAAAUGCUCUGAUUGCUGUGGUGUUGGGUAGAAUAAAUGCUCUGAUUGCUGUGGUGUUGGGUAGAAUAAAUGCUCUGAUUGCUGUGGUGUUGGGUAGAGUAAAUGGUCCGAUUGCUGUUGUGUUGGGUAGAGAGAAUGAUCUGAUUGCUGUGGAUUUGAGUGUAGUUAUGAAUAUAAUUGCAGUGUUGCAGGGUAGAAUAAAUGCUCUGAUUGCAGUGGUGUUGGGUAGAGUGAAUGAUUUGAUUGCUGUGGUGUUGGGUAGAGUGAAUGAUUUGAUUGCAGUAGUGUUGGGUAUGGUUGGGGAUUUGACUGGUACUGUGUAGAGUAAAGAGGUAUGGGUUUGUUUGCAGUGGUGCUGGUGAAAAAGUGUAGAAGAAGUAGUGCUUCUCAAUCCUGGUCCUGGGGAACUUACUACCUUUCCAGUUUUAAAGUAGCAAGACUCUAAUGACCAGGACUAAGAACCACUGCAGUAGAACAGACCAACAUUUUUGUAAGCGGAUGUCGGAGUGUUAGAAACCCUGGAUAAGGCUGGAGAUAUACUUGUUGUUUGGCCAUGUUUUUGCACUUCGACUAUGCAUGUUACUGGAGGCUUCCACUAGAGGGCAGCUCAGAUGUCUGAGUCUGUAAAAUGACUACUGGGCAGAGCACCCAUUGACCACUGAAGUCGUGUUAUCAUUUCUUAGUUGGCGCCAUGUUGUUUAUGCCCAUAUUUGGGGUCAUUUUGGGGUUCUGUGUCUAAGCGGUUCAAGUCAAUACGGGAUUUGAAUGGGCUUUUCCAAAACUGGCCUCUGUCACAUUCUGUGGUAAAUAAAUAUGUUCAGAACUCUGUACGUUUUAUUCUGUGUUAUUCUGUGUUGCGCCAAAAACAGUCCCCUGCUAAUCUCUACAGCAGCGCCAGGGGUUCAGUUCACUCCGCAGUAGCAUUAGCUUAAAGUUAGCAUUUUUCUCAUUAUGACACUUCAUUUCAUAAUUCAGAGGAUCCAGUGUUUUCAGGAGUCAAAUGUACACAGAAUAAAACGUACAGGGGUCUAACCAGAUUUAUUUACCUCAUGUGAUCGAGGCAGGUUUUUGAAAACCCUAUUCAUUUUCCUCAUAGGGAAAAAACGCUUAGACACGGAAGCUGUAAGAGGACUACAGAAUGACACACGACUUCAGUGGUCUAUUGGCUCUCUUCCUGCCCUGUUUCUAUGGCUUUUUUGCCAUUUGCAGAUGUCAUCCAGUCAUGGAUUUGUUUCCAUUUCAAUGUUCACUUUUCCAAAUCGACUUUUUUUAAAAUGGAUCUGAUGCAGCAGCAAGGACACACCAUACAGCUGCUCCUUAAAACUUUCCACUGUUACGCUACUGUUAUGUUACUGAAGAAUGUGUAAAACCAACGCACCAAACAAACACUGGUUACCUGGAUAAGUGAGGCAACAAUCAUGCAUACAUACAUGAACAUGUAGUUAACAGCAAGUAUAUCUCUACCCUUAAAGCUGAAGGAACAUCUAAACCACGUAACCUAAAGAUUUUGUUCCAAGCGCAAAGUUUUAAAUAUCUAUCCCGGAACUGUUUGUCCGAGCCGAGACCGUUUAGGAAGAUUAAUUUUGAAGAUUUUGGCUCCAGAGUUUGGAAGAGAAGGGGCCGUCGCCGUCAGCAGCGCGAUAUGGAGCAAUGUGGGUCGGAGUAAUAACGGAAUCUCACGGUAAAAUGGAUCAGAUUAGCUGAUGAUUCUGAACACUGCGCGAGAUUGAAGAUUACACAUUACACGCUCGGCAGGCUCAGUGCUUGCCUUCUCCACUUACUGUCCCACACGCUUUAAUCUCCUCAGCCAGGAAUCCACGUAAAGCGAGACAUUGUUUAAGCAAGCAGGGAACGCUUACAGGCCUUCUGCUAUUUAUAUUAGCGCUUCCCUUCUCCUGCUCUCCUAUACAUAUCACACUCUAUCCAUCUCCAUCUAGCCUCCAUCUACAGCUCUCCUUUCCCUUCUCCAUGCCCCAGGUUCUCUCCUUCUCUUCGUCUUUCACCCGUACAAUUAUCUUUCUCCAUGUUUUCAUUAUCAGUUUGUCACCUUUCUGCAAAUUGCUUUCCCGCCAUUCUCUCCAUGUUUCACAGCUACAUGCUAAUUUAGCUCUCUGUAGAAUCUUCAGGGUGCUGCAGACUCCUGCAGACGCACAGACUCAGUCCUGACGGUAAAAUGCCUUUUCUAAAAGAAAAAAGUACACUACACGCCCAAAAUUAAAGCAGACGCCUGCUCAUUCAGCAUUUCACCCCAAAUUAAUGGCGUUCAUGGGGAGCUGGUCACCCUUUUUGCUACAUUAACAGCUUCAGCUCUUCUGGGAACGACUUUUCCACCAGAUACCGCAACUCCACCGCUGGGAUUUGAUUAUAUUCCUCCACAAAAGCAUUAGUUAGGUCAGCUCUAAUGUCGGCCAAUUAAGUCUGGCUUGCAACAGUGCUGUACUUCAUCCCAAAGGUAUUUGAUGAGGCUUCAUCACUCCAGAGAAGAGGAAGCACUUUUUUUGUUUCUGAGGUGAGGAGCUUUAUGCAGAACCCGCCCAACCAGGCUAAUCCUCGGCAUUAUGCAUGGAAAUUUUACACCGGUGUGCAGCUGCUCCAGUGCAUCCCAUUCUACUUCCAGUGCUUUUCUCUGGAGAUUACAUGGCUGCAUAUAUGUAGCAUAACACCUGUGUCCACAAUAGAUUUGCCUUGAGAUGUAGGUGAAUUCGAGAAAAAUGAGCAGAACCGGCACAAUUUUCAAAACAGUCAAUACUAUAUACUGAAUUUUAUUGGAAUAAAUCUAUUCGGGAAAUCUUUUUCCACUAGGUGUAAUGUAAGAAAUAUUAGCAAUUUUCUGAAUAUUGCAAAAAAAAAAAAAAAAUUACACUAAAUUAUAUUAUAUUAUUAUAUUAUUAUUAUAUUAUAUUAAUAGGGUUCGGUUAACAUCCAUUUAGAUAGAAAAGAAGACAAGCAUAAGCAAACAAAUGAGAGGCAAAGUUCAUUUGAUGCAAGAUGAGUGCAAAUCAGCAAAAUACAAAACAGCAAAAGCAUAGAAACGAACAGAAAAACAUGCGUAAAAAAAAACAAGCAAAAAAAAGAUAAGCUCAGUAUCUAACGACAGGGAUAUGUUGGCAAUACUUUGCAAAGUGACAGUGCAAAUAAAGCAGCAUUUAUACACAGAGAUCAUGAAAUCUAACAGGAGAACAGAAUCUAAAAGGGAAAGUUGUCUCUGAUUGGUAUGCAUUGAAUAUAUUGUUAGAAUACAACAGCGGUGGUGAGGUGGUAUUAUGGGAAACAUGCUCUCCAGACUUAGCAGAGACAAUGGGAAGGUGAUGAUAGAUGAUAAAAACAGUGAUGUAGCGCUACAUCCUCUCAGAACUGUUUGAUGUGGUGACAUUCCCAGGACCAUUCCCUCAUUACAACGAGCCACUGCCCCGUCUGUCCGGCCUUCCUGUGGUUAUAUUCACAUAUAGCUGACAGAAAACUGCCCAAACUUUAGUUCUGAGAGCUAAUAAAGGUUCCGGUCUUCUAACUGUAGACACCACACACAGAGCCAGACUCUGGAAUUUCUGCAUAAAUAUAGAUUUCAGAAAUUCUCAUAACAUUUCCUGAACACUAGAAUUGAAAUAUAGCUCUGAUAGUAGUGAGAGGUUACAUUAUAUGCCAUUAUAUUACAAAGAAAUACAUUAAUACGAGUGUCCCAAUUGCAUACUAAUUGGUAUAUCUAUCUCUUUUUAAGUAUACUUAAAUAUCCGUGAUGCAUUCUAGGAAUCAGUCUUUUUUUUAUUGUGGUUUAGCUGGACACUAUACAAUGCUAUACAACUAUACAAUACAAUGCAAAUAAACAAAAUGGGAGGAGCUACUCACAUCUGGAAUGUAUUAACGCUGUCAGUAGCCCACCUGAAGUUGCAUUUUGCUCACCCAAUCAGAAUUAUUUACCAAUAAUUAUUUGUAAGCCACCAAAAAUUAUGAUUAUCUUUUCUAACUUCUUAUUGGUUAGAUGGUGAUACAGCCCUGGUAACUGGUUAUGCUCCUCACCAUAGCACCAAGUUACAUGGAAAAUAAGAUCUCUGAUGUCUGAUCUAAACACUAAUGAAAAGUCGCUCAUACACAGCAAAAAAAAAAACUUAAUCUUAGCAAGUAAAAUGAUCUGAUUUCAAAGCCAUAACUCUUAUUUUCUUGUUGAUAAGAAAGGUCUUACUAAGCAAGUGUAAGUGUAAGAUUAUUUUACUUAUAUUAGGAAUAAUGAUCUUAUUUAGUCUUGCUUAGAAUGUUCACCUUAUUUGAUGGUCAUUUGAACUCAAAAUAUAAAAAAGUUUCUUGGUCACGCGACAUCGCGUUCAGUAGCUCCUCCAUUUCCAGUCGCUGUUGUGUUUACGUGGAUCUCCGCGGAAACGCGCACAUGAAGUGUAAUUACGGUGCAUAGCAGUGAAUAAAUACCUAUUUUACUAAAUGCGAGGAGGCGAUAGAUGUGGCCGGGACCUAAAAUAAAUAAAAAAAUACCUAAAAUACCAUGGAAUUCAGGGAAAAACAGUAGAUAUAUCAGCCAGUAAUUUUCACGUAGGUGGUUGUUCUGGAUGGGAAUAAAAUCACAGAGAACCCGCCCCAAAAAAGAAAAAAAAUGACUCCCUGAGAAACUAAUCUCAUCCGCAUAGGGCUAAAAAAAAGUCACUUGUCAAGUUAUUCUGAUCUGUGUGUACAAAUUUAAGCCACAGAGUAAGAGAUUUUUGCUUGAUUUAAGUCUUAUUUCACUCAUUUUGAGACUUUGUGAUUGCUUAUUGCUUAAGAAAUCUUACUAAGAAAAAUGUGCUCAUUUUAUCUCAUUCUUUUUUUGCUUAAUUUAAGCCUUUAAGUCUUAGUUUACAUAUAUUACGUCUAGUUUUUGCCAAUGUUUUUUUUUGCAGUGUAGGCAGUGCUGUGUUUUCUCAGUCCAGCUUCAUGGUUCCACCACUCUGACAGCAUAAUGGACGAGGUUUGAGGGCUUGCCUCGAUGGGCCUGGGAUCUCUGUAAUGUGUGCGUGAGUGCGAGGCAGACAGGCCGGCCGUGGCGGCGGCGGCGGCGGUGGCAGUGGCAGCUUGCCACGUCCACAGCUUUCCCAUCCGUCAGACUGAUAAGUGGAUAUGUGUCUGCAUGUCUCCUGUCUCACUCCUCUGCAAUCCUCACCCCCACCACAUCCACCUAUGCCCUCACACUUCCUUGUCUUUCCCCUGAUGGUGGAGGCAGCGCAGCCCUCCUGCUGAGUGAGGAGUAAGAGGAGUAAGAGCGGUAAGAGCAGCGGUUGCAGUCGCGUCGUGUCGCUAACGCGGUGUGAAGGUCCGGGGCGAUAGCUGCUAAUCUCUGCCGCGGGGAUAGCAGGAGUGUUACAGUGAGUGUUCACAAUGGCAGGUGGUUGAGUUCUCCACUUAGACUCCCUCUCCGAGCUCGUAGCAUGACCCGCGGGCCACUCGACGUGCUAACGCGUCCUUACAUGGCCCUGCACGCAUGUUCAUCGCUUCGGCUCCGACCUUUUACCGAGAUAAACGCUUGAGCGGCACAUGAUAGCACUGAGUGCAGCAUGAUAGCAGGGAGCAGCGUCUGAUGGAAAACCAAGGACUGUGAGUGAUAAGAUGAGCCCGGCCAGGUGGGUCGAGCUGUGUGAUGGCUGGCAGUCCUCGGCGAGGCCUUGCCAGCUCUUCGCUUUGAGCCGUGUGUGUACUGUUCUAGCCUGAUAAGACGCCACACGGGGCUCGGAGAGUGGGAGCGUGAGGAAGAAAGAGUGUGUCAUUCAGCCUCUGAGGGUGACACCUGUUUAGAAGCAGCAGACAUGUUCAGGGUCAGAGCUGCAAGCUACUUCCUGUCACCGAUACGCCACUGCGGGACUGGUGUGAAGAUAUAGAGAAAGUGUGGGUGGGCGUCAAACGAACGAGCGAGCCGAGGGAAGAGACCACCACUCAUCCUGUCUGAAUCACUCCUGUCAUCAUUUUUGCAUGCUGUGUCUAAAUCAGACUUGGAUCACACUAGAAAUCUCAAAGGGCUAAGAUCUAGUUGAAGAUCUACAGUGUUUUAUAUUCUGUUUUGUUUCAUGAGUUAAGAUAUUCUGUAUAAUUAUUAUUCUUAAUUAUUAUUAAUUUAUUCACACUUUUAAAGGUAACAGGUGCCAAAGCAUUUUUUAAGUGCUGCCAUAGAGGAACCUUUUAAUGGAUGAUUCUUCAAAGAAACCAUUUUUUCAGGAAUUAGUUUUGACAUCUUAAAACCGAUGUUGACGCUCCACUGACUCUGACACUGUAAUAAGAUAGAAUAGCAUGUCCACUUUUGCUAUAUAAGAAAAAAUAUACCACAGUAAGUUCAGACCCUGAAAUAUGAUUGUCUAAGAGGUGUUUUAUGAGUGACACUAUCAGCCGGUAAUGCACCGUAACCGAAGCUCUCCAUGUAUUACUCCGCCGCGUACAGGUAACCUAGCAACGAAGCAGCGCUUACAAGUCAAACAGAGCAGUAAUGGAACUAUUUGAACUGCCAGAGUGUUUAUAACCAAACAGAUUGUAUUUUGUCCUCCUUAACCCAAAAUCUUUCAAUAAACACUCAGCAAGUAAAAAAAAAAGUUCCAUCGCUGCUCUGUUUGGCUGGUAAGCGCUGCAUCGUUGCUAGGUUACCUGUAUGUGGUAACCUAGGUAACCUAAUGUGGGAGUCAUACAUGGAAGACUUCGGUUACAGUGCAUUACCAGCUGAUAACGGCACUCAUAGAACGUCUCUCAGCCAAUUACAUUACAUUAUAGGGCCGGAACUACUGUAACUGUGGUAUAAUUAAAUUUUAUUCAAGUGGUAGAGUUGGAAUACAGUGAAUAGUCCUAUUUGAGUAAUGUUCCAAUCCAUAUUGUGGCAAAAACUAUUUAACUUAGUAAAAAAAAUUAAAUACUGAAGUAUACUUCAAAUACUGAAUAUUAACUAAAUGAAAGUAAGUCAAUCUAAACAAAUUUCAAGAACUUUGAAAAAUCCUCAAUUGCAGUGGUAAAGAAAGACAUCAAAACAUUAUGAUGAAUUAUGGAGAUACAGUUGCAAUAAUUACUUGGAUUUCUGCAUAAAUUGGUCAUAAAAUGUGUCAUCUUCAAGUCACAAAAAUAGACAAACAGUCUGUUUAAACUAGUACCACACAAAAAAUAUAUGUUUGCAUGGUUUUAUUGAACACAUCAUGUUAACAUUUACCGUACAGGGUGGAAAAAGUAUGUAAACCUUUGGAUUUAAUAACUGGUUGACCCUCAUUUGGCAGCAAAAACCUCAACCAAACGUUUCCUGUAGUUGCAGCUCAGACCUGCACAACAGUCAGGAGGAGAAAUUGUCUAAAACAAGGAAGCCCAUAAAGAAAAAAUUGGAAAAAGGAAAUCCUCCUUGAUUAUUUAUGAUAAGUAUUUGCAUUUUGACACUCAAAGAUCAAAGCAGAAUAAAAAAAAAAAACAAGAUGACAUUGACAAUAUUCUAGUUGCACCUAAUUAUAUACUAUCCUCAUACUACUAAAACAUAGAACUAUAAAGGUGGUGUACUAUGUGAUACACUAUUAUGCAUGUAGCUUUUAUUUUUUAAGCAUACUGUAGGUUAGGUCUAAUAUGAACAUGCUUUUUUCCUUUUUCAACCAACUCUGAGUGUGGCCUGGUGACUAAUGGGCUAUAAUGAUCCUUAUGCAAAGAUGAAUUAUCAUAAUUAUGGGCAGGCUCACUUGACGAUGAUUGAAAUUGAAAAAAUAAUAGUAAUAUGCACUGAAACUCGACUGGGAAGAGAGAAAGAGAAUGAGAAAGAUUGAAUUAAAGGUCUUUGAGGUUUGUAAUGAGUGCUUUAAAGGAAAUAUAAGGAGUAAAAUGUACGGUAUGUAAUUGAGUAAUAAAAGUAUUGAGUAUUCAGUUUCAGUUAUUUAGUAAAUUAAAGUAGCUUCCCAUGUAAAAUUAAACCUCUGCAUGUUACUACAUUAGUGAUCACAGUGACCACAAGUGACCAACAGAGGCUUUUUUUUAGGCUGUAGUGCAACAUGGAAUUAAACAGUACAAUACAGAUUACACAACAAUGUGCAAAUGUGCAAUUAAUAGGAUACAUAUGAGAAACAAUAGAAAUAAUGAACAUAUAGGACAGUUCAACACCCACACAGAACUCUAUAUACUGAAUGUGUGGUGACGAUAAGAUGCUGCACAGAGUUACUUAACCCUUGUGUGGUGUUCGGGUCUGUAGGACACGUUUUCAUUUUUCAUCAAAUGAUACUAAAAAAAUUUUUUUUCUAACUCUAAACUCAUUGGCAUUGGCUCAUUUUUUGUGAAAAACAUAUAUCAAAACACAUUUUCGAUAAACACACACUGUACACCCCCCCCCCCCUACACAUUUAUAUUACAUACAGUAUGUUUGGCCAAGGGAUAAUAAACAUUGCUUCAUUUGUAAAUUUGAAACUAAACAAAUUUUCUACUCAUAUCUUGAGUUUAAUUCAUUUUCUUUUACAUUUUAUUAAAAAACUAAUAAAAAAAGAGUAGCACUUUUUAAAAGAAAUGUAACAUAAGAAAGGUAAAGGGCAAAUAUUAAGCAUGUAAGCUGUUUAUAUUGCUUGCAAUUUAGGUGAAGCAAGCAUGUGUAAAGCAUUUUAAUGUAAAUUGAUUAAUUUUGCUGAAUUAAAUACAAGUAACAAAGUAAACAAGUAACAAAAAUAUGAACACCACACAAGGGUUAACAUGCUACAAUACAAUACAUCAGACAUAGACACAGACGUAAAAACAAAAAACAAAAAAAACACUAUAAAUCAUCCACUGAAAGGUCAUUCAUAGUGCUUUUUCAUAGACCUUCUGGUUCGUGAACCUAAUUUUGAACUAGUUCGCUGCAUUUACACCAACAAAUGUAGGUUCCAAAACCAGAAAUGUAUUUAUUCGCAGUAAGAAUUAAAAAAUACUAGGUUCUUCAGCAGGAACCAUGACAACAUCUGUGAGCGUGUCUGUUUGUGCAAGAGCACAGCCACUAUUUAGUUUCACUAAAUCUGGUGGAAACGCCGGCUGAUUCGCUGAAAAGCACCACAGUUCUUAUAAGCCCGAAUAGAACUGGUUCAAAAAUGGUUCAAGAGUUCUUUUGGUGGAAAAGCGCUUUCAAUGAACUAGCAGUGAACCUUCUGUGGCAUCAGCUUACUGCAUUGGCACCUACAGUAUUUUUAAGAGUGUGAACACUGAGCAAGCAUAACAUUAUGACCACCUCCUUCACUAUAAAAAAUGAAAAAAAGGUUGAGAAAAAAUUUGAAUUGCAAGCUUUAUGCACUAAUUUUUUUUUGUUAAGUUUUUGAAGAAAACCACCACCAGUUGUGCCAACUAGAAAUCUUUAGUUCAGACAAUUCACAUCGUUCACAUGUAUAAAAACUUCAUUUAAUUUAAAAAUUAACUGCAUGUUAAUUUUUUAAUUGGCCUUAUCUAAGUUUUAUUAAAUGUAUGCUGUACAAUAAAGUUGUGUAAAGGACACAUUUUACAUUAAUACAAUUUAUGUAUUGAUUGCAACACUAUAUUUUUCAUUAAUUUAAGUUAGCAACAGGGAACUAAUGACUGAUACCUAUCUAUAUUUAUUUAUAUUGUCAGUCAUAUAAGAUUGCAGUCAGCAUAUAGUCCCACUCCAAAACACAUAACAUAGUAACUUGCUCUCAUAGCCUUUAACACUGAGACCAGGCAGUUAACUAUUAUACAACGUAUACAGUAUCUGUGGAGAAUAAGAGGUGGGUAGACACCCCCCAAUAUGCAAAUAGCAUGACCAACCUCACGUGGGUGGUGGUAAAAUCCCUGCAGAGUUGCUAAGUAGACCCCGUUCAACUAAAGAGUCAAACUGAGCAUGUGCAGAGUGGAUGCCUUGGCCUCAAUUAGGGUUCAAGAACAAUUGGUACAAAAUUUUCCAAGACAGAUUAUUUAGUUAGACCAACUUUAAACAGAAACCUGAUAAUAAUUUGGUAUAGUUUAUGGUGCAUUUCAAUAGUUUUUGUUCAGCUGACUUAAAAAAAAAUCAUAUUAAGCAGAAGAAUCGUAAUGUUUUAAUGUUAUUUCUACACCAAUUUUAAUAAUUGUAUCAACUCUACUGAAGCACUUUGUAGUUCUAUAAAAACAGACUGUAGUUCAUAUGUUUCUAUACUUGAUCCUUGAUUAACUUAAAUAUAUAUAACCACCACAGAGCAGCUGUUAUUUGAUUGGUGGGUCAAUCAUUCAUUCUCAGCACUGCAGUGACAUGGACAUGGUGGUGGUGUGUAAGUGUGUGUUGCACUGAUAUCAGUGUGAAUCAUACACACCACUGGAUAGUGUUAUGCUUGAUCAGUGUACGGUUCUGAAUGAGGUUAUUCUGUUGAUUUAAUUGAAAUAAGAUGUUAUAUAAGGCGGUAUAUUAAUAUGCGCCGUUGCAUUAAAAGGGGUGUUAUUUUGUGUGUGGACAGGGGAGCAGGAGCUGGAUAAUUAUGUAGUCAGCCUCCUCCUGUGCUGCUGGAUAAUUCCACUCUGUUUCAGUUGCGGAAUGACAUCAAGUGCCUUACGGGAUUAGGAGAUGAAUUAUUUAAACUUUUGAUUGUUUAAUAAUAUGUUAAUUUUGAUUUGUUUGUCUUUGUCUCCUUUUUUUGUGCUUUUUUUUUCUAAACUACUUUCGCCACGACAGUGUGAUUGCAUUGUAUAUGUGUGUGUGUGUGUGUGUGUGUGUGUAUGUGUGUAAGAGAGAGAGAGAGACUGUGGUUGUGCAAACUGCCUCUGGGGACUGACAGAAAAGCACAGGAUCCUUUAAAGUGAACUACUCGUUUAUGCAGGGUGUCAACUCCGUGUCUGUCCAGCAGAGUUACAUCAGUAUAUGAUGGUGUGUUAUAAUGAGUGGUCCUCAUGAACCUGCUGAAGCCGUGCUGCCGUGCUGUAUAUACCCUCUGCUCCUGUGAGGGAAGAAAUGGAAGCAGUGUGUGUGUGUAAAAGUAGGACUGGAGUCCUGCGGACAGGUCAUCUCUGGAGACUUGAAGCUGCCUUCACUGUAACAUUUCAUACAGAUGAAAUGUGUUGUGUAUGUGUGUGCGUAUGAGGGCUGAGAGUUUGUGUGUGUGCGGAGUGUGUGUGUAUUAUGGCUGAGACUAUAUGUGUGUGAGUUGUAUUUGUUGCCGAGAGUGUGUAUGAGUGUGUAUAUGGGGCGGGAGGUUGGGCUAAACAGAGAUUAAAACUGUGCGUGUGAAAAAAGUGUCAAAAGUAAAACAAAACAAAAAAAUAACCUUAGCAUGCGACAACGAGUGUUACACAAUGUGAAAUGCUCUGCUAUUAUGCAGCACAGUGGUGAGAACGCACACUAUUCGUCUAAAAGUUUGUGGACACCCCUUUCUUAUUAUUCACAAGUGUUUAAAUUCACAUGCACAAUUUGUAUAUUAUCUGUACAGCCAAGAGAUUAAGUUAGAAAGAUCUGGGAAUAUGGAACCUGUGGUCAUCACGCUCACAGCCAAACAUUUAUCCACUACCUGAAUCAAAUCCUUAUAGAGAUGCUUCAAAAUCCAGCAGAAAACCUUUUCAGAGAUGUUUUUUUGUAGAGUCAGUUACAUCAACAGAAAUGUGGAGAACCAAUGUCCAAUGCCAAACACCAUGGAGCUCCAUCCACGUAAAGCUUUGGAAUACGUUUAAAUGGUGUUUCUGAUCCAGAAAUAAUGAUAUAACACAAGCACCUGACCUCACCUCAUGCUUUUAUGGCUGUAUCCAAUCAAAUCUUCACAGGGACACUCCAAAAAACAAACAGGUGGGAAACCAUGUCCAAACACAUUAAUGGAGAUCCAACCACUCAUGCUGUAUCUAUAGGUUGAGCUGAAGUAAUGUUUGUGAUCAGAAUUAAUUAUCUAGCAUUAGGACCUUACUUCACAAAUACAUUUAUGGCCAUAUCCAAUCAAAUUCUCACACUAAUGAACCAAACAGAAAGCAGAAAGUGUUCCAAUAGAUGUGUAUAGACAGUAAUUGCAACAAAGAGGUGAAGAUGUCUAAUGCCAAAUACUUACGGAGAUCCAACCACUCAAACCAUUCCUUUAGGUUGAGCUGAAGUGGCUUUUGUGAUCUAAAAUUAACCAUCUAACAUUAGUAACUGAACUCUCUAAUUAUUUUUAUGGCCAUAUCAAAUCAAAUUUCAAAUUGAUGCUCUAACAUCUGGCAGAAAAGUUUCCGAUUGGUGUGUAAAGACAGUAACUUCUACAAAGAAGUGGACAAACCAUGUCAAACAAUGCCAAACACUCAUGGAGCUCAAACCACUCAAACUGUAUCUUUGGGUUGGGCUGAAGUGGAGAUCCAGACCUAAUCAUCUAAUAUUAGUACCUUAGCUUACUAAUGAGUUUAUGGCCAUAUCCAAUCAAAUUCUCACAGGGAUCCUACUGUACCUUUGGCUGGAGCUGAAAUGGAGUUUAACAUCAAUAUUUUACUUCACUAAUGCAUUCAAAUACUAACAAAGACCAUCUCAGAGAGUCUUUCCAGAGGUGUGUAGUUACAGUAAUUACAACAAAGUGUUGGAGAAAUCAUGAAGUAUCAUGUCUGAUCUAGAAUUAAUCAUCUAAUAUCAAUACCUGAAAUCAAAAUUAUUUUAUGGCCAUAUCCAAUCAAAUUCAAACACUGAUGCUCCAACAUCUAGCAGAAAGUGUUCCGAUAGGUGUGUAAAGACAGUAAUACCUGACCUCACAAAUCCUUUUAUGGCUGAAUCCAAUCAAAUACCUGCAGAGAUCAUCCCAGAGAGUCUUUCCAGAGGUAUGUAAAUAUGUUUUUUUUAAUCAAUGCUCUUGAUUUUGGAAGAGCAGGUGUCCACAAACUUUUGACCAUGCAGUGUGUCACAUUUUGUAUACACAUACCUGCAGUUUUAGAGGGAGAAAAACAAAAGAGAGAGAGAGAGAGAGAGAGGGGGGGGAAACAAUGGCUGCCAAAGACACUCUCUUUACUGCCAGGGAUGAACGAGCCAACCUGUCAAUAAGCAAAACCAGUAAACGGGGUAAAAAAACAAAAAAAAAAGAGAGAGAAAGUGAGAGAGAGAGAUGAGCCUCCGCAAAACCGCGAGGUUGCAGGAGCAUACUGUAUUGUAUGUAUUAAAAAAAAAAUAAAGAAACAUCUAUCUUUUUUGUAUGAGGUUUUAUAAACGUCCACUCAAUGCUGUAAAGAUGUGCUGUAUAUAAAGCACAAGCUUAUUGUUGGACUGAGGAGCUGACUCUGGAGUAUUGAUUCUGGAGCCGGAGCAUCUGUCAGUGGAAACAAGGGAUAAUUGGACGUUAAAUCAAGAGUCCGCCACAGACAAGCUGAGGUUUCAAUUACCUAGACAGAGAAAGAGAGAGAAAGAAAGAACGAGAGAGAGAGAGAUAGAGUGGGGGGCUGAUAGAACAUGAUAAAAGUUGGGGAAAGUUUCUAAUUGUUAGGUGCAGAAGCUUGGUAGAGCAGAGUCAACGCUAAUGGAACUUGUCCAGGCAUGUUAACAUAGAAAACAGACACUUCAAUCCACGUUUUUGAGGUUUUUUUUUUUCCUUUUUCUUUCUUAACUUUUUGAUGGAGGACUAGUGUGUCGCUGGGCACACUGGUAUAUUGGUGUCUGGUGCCUGGGAGAGUGCACUGUCUGACGUUUUUAAAGCUAUGCUCAUCAGAACCUGUUAAGGUGUUUCUCUUGGGUAUUUCUGCAGAGUAACAGCAGUUUAGCUUGUGAAAUGUAUAAAGCACAGCAAUCAGAACAGUCGAGAUUUUAACAGACACUCAUAUAAACCCUGGAUGGGCUGAUAACAAGAAGAUGAACCAAAAACACAAAGAGAAAAACGCAGCACGAUUGCUCUAGGCCGCAUUAUCGAGGGGCUUUAAAGAGUGAGCUUUGACUUUGGGAAGUCAGAGCAGUUCGAAACAGACAUGGGAGGAGUGACUCCCGUGUCUGAUGUACAUAUUAAACUCUUAAAAUCUUCUGUUGCGGAACUGUGUAGAUCCUCAUCGUGCUUUCCCUCCACUGUGGGUUGUGAAUUCACAUCUAGUAGAAAAGUCAUUCGUUAGCCGCUCAACCUUCACCACUGUACAUAAAAUCGACCAUUCUAUGUGACUUGGCACAGUUGCUGUGUAAAUACAUGUGUUUAUAAUUCAUCUGAAUGUUGCCUCUCCAGCCCUCCCUUCCUCUCUCAACCCCAUCCCUCUUCCUCCUUCUUCCUCCCUGCCCUGGUUUCCUACCUGACUUCCUGUUUGUACACUUCUAAUGGUACCGAUUUCUUUGUAGAAAGAGGAGACGAGAGGAGAAAUCUUGGGUGUUCACAAAUCACUAAAGAAAACCAUAAUAUGAAAUACAUUUACAAUAUAUAUUGUGCCAUAUUCUUUUGGAGAAGAAUUCUAUCAAAUAAAGAUAUACGAGUCCAAGUA